CAACAACGAAGAACAUCUGCAUUUUCCAAUGCCGUUAUGGACUCUGUACAUGUACACCCCAUAACCAGUCAGUUGAAAGCACUGAUGACUAUCAUAAGAGAUGAAAAUACCAACGGUUCUGAUUUCGUCUUCUACGCAGAUAGAGUGAUUCGACUCGUGAUCGAAUUUGCACUCAACUUUCUACCCGUACAAGAAAAAAAAGUGACAACUCCAACUCGUGCAAACUAUCAGGGAGUUGAAUUCCAUACCAAAAUAUUAGGAGUCUCUAUAGUUCGCGCUGGAGAAGCGAUGGAAACGGCUUUAAGAGCAGUUUGUAGAAACGUUCGUAUAGGCAAAAUCCUGAUUCAGCGAGAUGAACACUCCAUAAAGCCUUGUUUAUACUACUCCAAGCUUCCAGAAGAUACUUCGGAACGUCACGUUUUGUUGAUGGAUCCUAUGCUUGGUACUGGAGGCACUGCUACUAUGGCUUUGCAACUUUUGCUUCAAGCAGGUGUCAAGGAGGAAAAAAUUAUUUUAGUAAAUAUUUUAUCAUCAAAAGAUGGCAUAAUCCGGGUACAUAAUGAGUUCCCCAAAAUAACCAUCGUAACUGGAGAAAUAGACGAACACCUGAACAAUAAAGGUUUCAUAGUUCCCGGUUGCGGUGAUUUUGGAGACAGGUAUUUUGGAACUCUCUAAAAAGACCCUGCAAACCAAUAUCGGUAGCUGAUACAUUACUUAACCAAAAAGCUCGCAGUCAGAAACAAAAAAUUUCGUAUGCAUAGAAAGUUUAAUAAAGAAGACUAUUUUACUAGUUUAAAACGCUGCUGUACAAUUGCAGAAAAACUGAAAAUUU